AUGGCUUCCUUUCACAACAUCUACGUUGGCCCGGGCGUGAACAUCAAUUGGACAGGUCCUAGCAACGUCGGACUACAGAAUGCCAGUUCUUUGACGACACAGCAGCUCCUCAACCAAAACGGCAAUGUUGUGUCUACUCGAUCGGUUCAUCGAGGUGCAGGAGGCGGCCCGCAGAUGAACCUGGUGACACCGCUUCAUGGCACCCCAGGCGCAGUGCACAUUAUUACCAACGCUCCUUUGGCCCUCACGUCAGCUGCCCAGAAAGUCAUGAGGCAGACGGCGACGAGAUCCGUCAUUGCCAUUCUUAUCGGCAAUGAUGAAGAACAGGGCCGCAAAAUCCGGGACGGCAAAUGCACCACCGUCCUUGAUGUCGACCUCAGACCGACCAGGCUCCUUCCGGUCGCAAACGAGCCUGCCCACGCCCCUGGCGGUCCUCGCGAUGUUCCCCUCACAAGUGAGACGCGUUGCGGCGGUUGCGGCAGCCAGACUCACGAGCUAAAGCUCUGCAUGCGAUCUUCCUCCGACGGGCUGCUCCACGGCUGCACCCUCUGCAACAGCACAAGCCACGAGUUGGAUCAGUGUCGCCGCUUCCGAGACCUCGACCGCGAAGGUCUUUUUGCUGUCGUUGUCCGUCAACGCGGGAACAUGCCGGCACUUGCCACGAGUCGGUCGUGGUUCUCUGUCGUCUCCGACUAUAGAGACGCAACUCCCAACAUCUCGGCAAACUACAUGCCCUGGACGCCGUAUCUGCCGUGGACUCCAGAGUUUGCCCGCAGGAUGGCUCAGGCUGGUCCAUCGGAGUGGGCAAGAAUGGAGACAUUCUAUCGAGACUUUGAUCGUUCCGUGCUGCCGAGCGACCCAGACACGAGACACCUGGCCGCGGCGAGGGCGUACUUUGCCCGAUCGCGCAGCACUCAGCGAUAUCCUUCCCCGCUCUAG